AUGCAAUACACAUCUAAGGCAGUGGCAUUCUCUUACAUGUACUCUAAGAGUUCCUUGAUUGAGUUGAGUCUAGUGUUAAGUUAUAUUAGAACUGUUGAGCCUGUUGAAACUGUCCCUGAAACACAGAAGACAGAUGAUGUAGAACCAAAAAAAGAUGAUGUAGAACCAAAGACAGAGGAAAAUGAGAAUAAGAAUGAAACUAAUGAUGAAAAGAAGGACGAAGAAGUAACUAAGCAGGAAGAAACAAAAGAACCUGAAAAAGAUACAGCUGCUGAGGAGGAGCAAAACAGACUAGAAGAAGAGAAAAAGGAAGAGGAAAGAAAGAAAUUAGCAGAGGAGGAAGAAAGGCGUCUUUUAGAUGCUAAAUUGGCUGAGGAGGAAGCCUCUAAAAAGAAGGCUGAAGAAGAAGAGGAGACAAAACGUCAUGCAGAAGAGGAGGCAAAACUUCAGGCAGAGGAGGAAGCAAGGAAACAAGCUGAAGAGGAAGAGCAGAGGAAGAAUGCACUUCUGAAUCAACAGGAAUCUAAAGAUGCCAUGCAACAAUUGAUUGACGACAACACCAGAUUGGCUGAUGAUGCUAAGACCGCUAAAGAGGAACUUCAACAAGUCACAGAGAAGCAUAAAGUAGUAGAGACAGAAUUAAGUGAAUUAAAGAAAGAAAAUGAUGAAAAUAAGGUUCAAGUGAAAAAUUUACAUGAAGAACUAGAGAAAUUAAAAAAGCAAACUCCUGGUACGACAGAAAAUGAAGAUAAUGAUGCCCAAAUUAGAGACUUGCAAUUGAAAUUAAAACAAAUUGCUCAUGAAGAUGAAGAAAAGGAAAAGAAAAUUCAAGAAUUAAGUAAAGAUCUUCAUCAACUGAAAGUAGAAUUACGUCAGAAAAGUGCCGGACACUCUAAUGAUAGAAAUGCAGCUGAUAAUCCCAAAUCAAAAUCUUGUGUUAUUUUGUAAAUCCAUAUUUAGGAUAAAGAGAACCAUGAAUGAUAUUUCUGAAAUCUGUGAUAGGUUAAAUUUGUGAAACCAAAUAAGUCUUUGGUGCAUAUUUAUCUCAAAGUAAGUGUAUAUUGUAUAAAUGUAAAUUACCAUUUAAAUUAUUGUACUCUCAAUUUUUUUUUCAAUUUUCCCUGUAAAUAGAUUUAAUUUACAAGAAAUAAUUUUCAGACUUAAUUUCAAUAAAAUUUAUUAUUCAUUUUUCAUGAUUUAUUAGAUUAAAAAGAAAAGGGUACUAAAAAGAUUCUAAAAACUUUGUGAGCUUUAUUUGUGAAAUUGUUUAAUAUGUAAAUUACUUUUAUUUAUUUUUAUAGAAGAAUGUAGACUCCUUUAAAGUGCAAUUAAACUGAUAAACCAAACUAAUUUAUGUAUAGAUAUGUAAAUUACUCCUAAUUUGUCCAAAAAUUCUUGACUUUUCAUGUUUGUACAUACUAAUUUUAAUAUUCAUUUACUAACCAAUAUUUAAUUGAAUAUGAGGGUCAAUACUGGAAUAUGAUUUAGAAAGCAGUUUUCAAUGAGAAUAUAUAUUUCCCUUACUGGAUGAAACUUGACUAAGUUUAGGACAUAUAUUUCAAAUACAUGUUAUUAUAAUUAUACAGAAAAGAAUAGAUAAUAUGACUCCUGGAUCUAAACCUAUUAAAAUAAUUUUAUUGUGAUGGGGUCAUUUUCAUCAGUGAAGAAUCAAGUAUAAAUUCUAAGUAAAAAAUUAAUAUGGUAAAAAAGGGGGUACAAGAACUUUUUAUAUUGAAUAUUCCUUUAAGGCCCUACCUAGAAAUAGUCAUCAGGCUUAAGGUAUAAAAAAAAUAUUUAUGACUAAUUUAGAAUUUGUACUAAUGCAAAAUCUGAAGUGAUGUUAGCUUAAUCAUAUUUUUAUGCUCUGUGUAUGGGCAUUAUGUUUUCUGGUCUGUGUGUCCACUCGUCCAUCUAUCCUCCUGUCCUGCUUCAGGUUUAAGUCUUUGGUCAUGGUAGUUUUUGAUGAAGUUGAAGUCAUAUCAACUUGAAACUUAGUACACAUGUUUUUAAUGAUGUGAUCCUUCUAAUUUAAAUGCCAAAUUAGUGGUUUGACCCCAAUUUCACUACCCACUUAACAUAGAAAAUAAUAGCAUUAUAGGGGGCAUCCAUGUACUGUGGACACAUUCUUGUUUAAUCAUACUUUGAUGACCCCAGUAGACCCCUACUGGAUGAUACCAGAAGUUUGUUUGUAGCUAAGCACCCAGUGUUUAUAAUAGUUUACUUUUACCUUUAUAAGAAUGGACAUUUAAUUAAUCUGACAGCCUUUAAUUUUCUUUGAUUAUAUGUAUGAAAGUCGUGAUAAGAAAGUGUAAAAAUUAUUUUAUCUUAUAGCAAACUUUAUAAUUUAUUUUAAGGAUUUUCAGUCAAUACCAAAGUUAAAUGUCCUGAUUGAAUUUUUUAGUUCUAUUUAUUGACUGUUAUGUAAUUUAUUGAUAACAUUCUAUUUAGUCACAGAGGUAGUUUAUUUGUACUGCAUAAAUUAUUAUUGACUUAUCAUGUGCAAUUUAGAUUAGGGGAAGGGGGAAUAACUCAAAAUAAUCAUGAACUUAUUGUGGCAAGAUAAGCCCAAAAGACCAAUAGGAAGGAAUUGCAUGGUGCAUUUCUUAGAUAAAAGAGAGUCAAAGUUCUAGGGAACAAUAUCAUGUUAUUACAGAGUGUUAUUUUUAUCAAUAGUAAUGUUCAUUCUAAAGAUUUGAAAUUUUCAUUAUGAAUUAGCUGAAUAUGAAAGAGAGGACCUUUUUUGGACGUCAGGAUUGGAGUUUUUAAGCUUUAAAGCUAGGGAUUUCGGGAUUGACUCUUUCAGGAUCCAGGAUUUCUUUUUUGAAUUUCAGGAUGUCAGGAUAGAAUUCUUUUAAAAUAUAGGACCUUGGGGUUUCAUGUUUUUUUUUUAAAGCUGGGAUUUCGGGAUCACGACCACUCCGACCCCCCUCAUGAAUAAUAAGACAAUUUUAUUUGAAAAGAAUGCACUUUUUGUUCUCUUGACAUGUUUAUAUUUUUUCCAUAAAGCAUUUACUUUUUUCUAGUCAAACAGUCCAAAUAAUGCAUUUGUACUUUUGGGGAAUGAAAAUUGUGAUGUAUUUUUAUUUUUGUCAUUUGUAAUUUCCCAUAAUCUUAUUUUCAAUUGAAAGAAAUUUUGAUACAUAAUUUAGUCUAAUUAUUUAUGAUACAAUGUAUUGUAAAGUUGAAGUAAUUAGUGUUGUUCUCCAAAGGAACUUAAGAAGAUUUUUCUUCGCAAUAUAUCAAUAUGAUUUUGUGAAUCCGUCCAUGAACUUUUUUGUUUUAAAUCAUUUAUAAUAGAUUUCAGUAUAAUUUACACACAAUGCCAAAACUAGUAUUAGAAAAACAUAUAUAACAAUAAUAUGUAUGUUGAAUAUAACUAUUUUUUCUAGAUGAAGUUUCAGGUUUCGAAAUUUAUUUAUAAUUUAUCUGUAAUUGUUACAAAGUACAUGUAGCUUUAUAAAACUUGUUAUCGUCAAUUUGUUUGACUUGUUACUGGUCUGAUUAAGUUGGAUCAUCAGUAUAUAUAUUUCAUCAGGUAGAAUUUUCUUAUACUUUGCUAAAAUGAAAAUUUUACUAUGCUUUUUUCAAAAAUAUAAUAAAAAUUACAUUGAAAAGGAAA